CACAUGCCCUGAUCAUUCUCUCUCUCUCUCUCUCUCUCUCUCUCUCAACCUGAAAUUCCCAAAUUCUUGUUCCUUGGUCUUCUUUUUUCUUCUUUCAUCAUCAUCAUCUUCUUCUUCUUCGAUGGAAAUGAAUUCCCUCCCCAAUGGAAACUCUACGCCGAGCACACCACCUGUUCCUACGACGACGAGCCCUCCGUCGUCGAAGGUCGGCCAGUUGGCCGAGUCGCUGAGGUUGGAGCACCAGUUUCUGAGAGUUCCGUUCGAGCACUACAAGAAGACGAUCCGAGCCAACCAUCGCGUCGUCGAGAAAGAGAUGUCAUCCGUCAUCUCCGGCGUCUCCGAUGCCGCCGACCGCGACGACUUGUCGAGCGACGAAGCUGUUAACCAUCUCAACUCUCUCGUCUCUAGGUUGCAAGGGCUUAAGCGCAAGUUGGAGGAGGGGAGUCGAGUGGAGCACUUGCAGGCACAAAGAUGUCGGGCACGGCUAGAUCAUUUAGAAUCAGCAGAUGCAGAGAAUUUGUCUGAGUGGAACAACAUGCGGUUGAAGCGCAUCCUUGUGGAUUACAUGUUGAGGAUGUCUUAUUAUGAUACUGCAGUGAAGCUAGCAGAGAGCAGCAAUAUACAGGAUCUUGUUGAUAUUGAUGUCUUCCAAGAAGCGAAGAAGGUUAUUGAUGCUCUUCAGAAUAAGGAGGUUGCUCCUGCACUAGCCUGGUGCGCUGAUAACAAGUCAAGAUUGAAAAAAUCCAGGAGCAAAUUUGAAUUUCAACUGAGACUGCAAGAGUUUGUGGAGUUGGUACGAGCUGAAAAUAACUUGCGAGCUAUAACAUAUGCUCGGAAAUACCUUGCACCAUGGGGAUCUACCCAUAUGAAAGAAUUGCAGCGAGUCUUUGUAACACUAGCUUAUAAGAGUACUACUGAAUGUGCCACAUACAAGGUUUUAUUUGAACCAACGCAGUGGGAUCACCUUGUUGACCUGUUCAAACAGGAAUUCUGCAAAUUAUAUGGCAUGACGCUCGAACCCUUGCUUAAUAUAUAUUUGCAAGCAGGUUUAUCUGCUCUGAAAACCCCAUACUGUUACGAAGAUGAUUGCACAAAGGAGGACCCAUUGUCACAGGAGAGUUUUAGAAAACUAGCCCUUCCAUUACCUUACUCCAAGCAGCAUCACUCUAAGCUUGUUUGCUACAUAACUAAAGAAUUAAUGGACACAGAGAAUCCACCACAAGUCUUGCCCAAUGGCUAUGUCUACAGCACAAAGGCUCUUGAAGAAAUGGCCAAGAAGAAUGAUGGUAAAAUUACAUGUCCAAGGACAGGUUUUGUCUGCAACUACAAGGAUCUGGUGAAGGCAUAUAUAUCAUAGAUAUUGUAUGCCAGCAUGUUCAAAUCGUUGAAGGCAAUAGUCUUUUCUCUUUGGUCUGUAACUGUUGUUCCAUGUGUAGAUAAUUCCUUCUCUUUUCUUUUACAUGCUACAGAUUCCAAUUCUAAGAACUUACCUGGGCAAUUAUUCACAUAUCUCAAUCUGAUAAUACACGGCAACCUACGUGUAUAUAUGCAAAAAAUAUUUCACUUUAAAAGUUGAAGAUUGAUUAUUUACAUCA